AUGGUAGGUGGUCGAACUGAGGCAGACUUCCUCAGAAACCUACUGACGGUUCUAUUGGGCCCGCUCUUAUGCCACAACUUCUGUUGGGCGGGCGGAUCCAAGGAGAAUAAGUCCUUCAUGGCCUGUCCACUUUUUCCUGUCCUUAAAGGUAAGUCCAUUUUUUGUUUAUUUUCACGCGCAGAUGCCAUUGCCCAACAUCCCCGUUUUGGCAACUGCACUAUAGAGAUAUUUCGACGGACAGCAAUAAGGUGGUUUCAUGGAUCACAGGACCGGUACGGAGGAAGAUCGACACGUCGGCGGAACAUUCGUCGGGUACAAACUUUCGGGAUUUUCAUCCACAUUUAUUUAGACUACAGAAAUCACCAUGCCUGCGGCCACAUGCCCACAAUUAUCCCCCACCAAAGAACCGGUAAGCAAAUUUAUCGAAUUGCCAAUCCUACGCAGCAUGCUAUUUAUUUCAUGUGAUUUUUACUAUUAAAAUCGUAUGUAUUGGAUACAGUGUAUCCUUACUUCCGUUGCGCCUGCAUUACGUAUGUCUUACGAAAGUUUUUUUUAUGCAGGAACUACCAAUGGCCAGUGAAAGUGACUUCUCAUCCUGGGUACGAAGGUCGCCGAAACCCUCAUGA